CCACUGGCCUCUACACUGCCCUGAGUUUAUUUAUAGCCUUUCUCUUGUUACUCCUGUAAGUGAAGACUUGUCUCCACUUCUAUGGAAGAUUCUAAAGCUGCAUGUUAUAAAGUUGGCCUUUUCAGGCUUGUACAUUGAGAAACAGGACCAAGGAGCAGAGAAUUCUCACAGCUGCUGACUGAAAUUGGAAGCAGACUCCUCUGGAAGCAGACGUCAGUGGAAGUGGUUUCCAUGGAGACCCAAUUACAUCCAGCCAAGCUGUGAUCACAUGUAGCCUCAGUGAUGGGAAGCUGCCAUCAUUAAAUAAGUCCCUGCAGGUGUCAGCCAGCUCCCAAGAGCAGAAUGGAUCUUGACGUGGUUAACAUGUUUGUGAUCGCGGGUGGGACGCUGGCCAUCCCGAUCCUGGCAUUUGUAGCCUCAUUUCUCCUGUGGCCUUCAGCGCUGAUAAGAAUCUAUUACUGGUACUGGCGGAGGGCGCUGGGCAUGCAGGUCCGCUAUGUUCACCACGAGGACUAUCAGUUCUGCUACUCCUUCCGAGGCAGGCCUGGGCACAAGCCUUCCAUCCUCAUGCUCCACGGAUUCUCUGCGCACAAGGACAUGUGGCUUAGCGUGGUCAAGUUCCUUCCAAAGAACCUGCACUUGAUCUGCGUGGACAUGCCAGGACAUGAGGGCACCACCCGUUCCUCCCUGGAUGACCUGUCCAUAGAUGGGCAAGUCAAGAGGAUACACCAGUUUGUAGAAUGCCUCAAGCUGAACAGAAAACCCUUCCACCUGAUAGGCACUUCCAUGGGUGGCCACGUGGCUGGGGUGUAUGCCGCUUACUACCCAUCGGAUCUCUGCAGCCUGUCUCUUGUGUGCCCUGCUGGUCUGCAAUACUCAACUGAUAAUCACUUUGUAAAGCAGCUGAAAGAACUGCAGGAGUCCGCUGCCAUAGAAAAGAUUCCCUUGAUCCCGUCCACCCCCGAAGAGAUGAGUGAAAUGCUCCAGCUCUGCUCCUAUGCCCGUAUCAAGGUGCCCCAGCAGAUCCUGCAAGGCCUGGUCGAUGUCCGCAUCCCUCAUAACAACUUCUACCGAAAGCUGUUUUUGGAAAUGGUCAGUGAGAAGUCAAGAUACUGUCUCCAUCAGAACAUGGACAAGAUCAAGGUCCCAACGCAGAUCAUCUGGGGGAAAGAAGAUCAGAUACUCGAUGUAUCUGGGGCAGACAUGUUGGCUAAGUCAAUCACCAACUGCCAUGUGGACCUCCUGGAAAACUGUGGGCACUCAGUGGUGAUGGAGAGACCCAGGAAGACAGCCAAGCUCGUGAUUGACUUCUUAACUUCCGUGCACAACACAGACAACAACAAGAAGCUGGACUAAGGCCUCAAUGGCAGCCUGCAUUCCACACCUGGCAUCCACUCCCAUCUCCAAAAUCUGACACGGCCACUAUGUCUCAGGGAUCCUGCCCCAAAUGUGGUGGGAGCGCCGGUGUCCCUGAGGAAGCCAGCCCCCCAGCCCCAGUCUCUACGGAUCCACAGAGCUUCAAGGGCCACCAGGAAACCGCCAAUAUGUUUUUUGCAAAAUGCAAAUUCAUGUGGAACAAAGUAAGAAAACCAUCCAUGAAAUCUCCCCAGAAGUUUUCAAGUUCAUGUCACAAAGCACUCACCUUGGACCAUGACCACCAAGGACAUUUUCUUUAAGAUGUUCUCACAAACUGAGGUAUUUCUUUUACUUUAGACAUUCUCCCCUGCAUGGUCAGUGGCUGUUUUAGGAGCAUCAGUCCCCAUUCACCAAGCCCCUCUUUUUUAUGUCUAAUAUAAGUUUUAUGUAGAGUCUCAUAUUGUGAAUACAGCCCAUCAGCUGCAAGACCGGGGAGGAGUGUGGCAGGCUGUAGAAAAUGCAUACAUGUGUCCCACCUCAGCCAGCCCUCGGAGCAUCAAAGAGCACAGACGGGGAUUUGAUUGGCACCCUCGUGUCAGGCAUGUCAUGGGCAAACCUGAAACAGCUACAGUACAAAUUGCACCUGACAGGGUAGGUUUUCUGGGAAUAAUUUAUUAUUUUAAAAAAUAGGACUAAUAGAGCAGUAACGAUCUAGACAUCUAUCUAAAUAAUCAGAUUUGGGUUCUGCUCACAAGCACCUCUUUUCUAUUUUGCUAUGCUACCUAAAACCCUUGGAUGUGAAGUACUAGCCGUUAAUGAAUUCCAUGAAUUCUGUGAACAAUAAUGUGAUUGAAAAUAAGUCUAAAUAGCUCUAAAAGUGACAACAAUGACAUGAAACAAAUUUAAUAAAUCUAGAUCAGCAACAUGCAAGUGGUGUCUCUUUCUAAGAUCUUUCUGUUAACUUUAAAAUGUGUUUUUUAAAAUAAGGCUUAUUCUACAGGCAUUGGAAGAACAAUGUUUGCAUAAGUUUGCAUAAGUUAUUAGUUUUAUUUUUGGAAACCAUGUUUGCAGUUUUUAUUCAAUUGAGGUUAUAUAGGAACCCAAACUCCCCAGAAGAUUCAUUCUUUCAAACCUUUUUACAGAGACUUCUGCCACAUGGUUCUGAAAAUAAAUUGAA